UGCAAGUGGACCUUGACUCCACUCACUGUGUAGAUACCAAAGAGAUCAGUCAUGGAGCUGCUGCUGCUGAUACUCUCCAGCGUUUUCAUAGCUCUGAUAGGAGCACUGUACCUUCUCGGGGUUUUCCGCAAGCGACAACCAGGAGAACCCCCUCUGGACAAAGGCCUCAUUCCUUGGCUGGGCCAUGUUCUAGAAUUUCGCAAGAACACUUCCAAGUUCCUGGAGAGGAUGAGGGAAAAACAUGGAGACGUUUUCACUGUUCAGCUAGCAGGAUUUUAUUUUACUUUCCUCCAGGAACCUCUGUCUUUUGGGGCUUUUGUUAAGGAGAGUCGAGAAAAACUCGACUUCAAUAGUUUUGCUGCACACCUAGUCCAGAGAGUAUUCGGUUACAAGACCAUUGAAGGCGAUCAUCAUAUUCUUCAGCUGUCCAGCAAUAAACAUCUGAAAGGAGAAGGUCUGGAUGUUAUGACACAAGCCAUGAUGAUUAAUCUGCAGAACCUGCUGUUGCACAGCAUUGGAUCAGUUGCGGAUACAAGAGGCUGGAAGGAAGACGGACUGUUCAUGUACAGCUACAACAUUGUUUUCAGGGCUGGCUAUUUGGCUUUGUUUGGAAAUGUGUCUCACAAGUCAGAGGGAAGUGAGCAGAAAGCCAAGGAAAAAGACAGAGCUGAAUCUGAGGCUUUGUUUUACGAGUUUCGCAAAUACGACCAACUUUUCCCCAACCUGGCCUACGGUGUCCUUCCACCAAGGGAAAAGUGGGAAGCAGACAGGUUACAGUCCUACUUCUGGGAUGCUGUGUCGACACAGAAGAUGAAGGACAAGGAAAACGUCAGCCGCUGGGUGUGGGACAUACAAAUAUCUAAAGAGGAGCUCGGCAUGAAGGAGUCGAUGGUCAACAAGUACAUGUUUGUGCUUCUCUGGGCCUCUCAGGGAAACACAGGACCUUCUUCCUUCUGGCUUCUCCUCUUCCUCAUGAAACACCCAGAGGCCAUGGCAGCAGUGAGACAAGAGGUCGAUAAAGUUUUGAGGGAGACUGGGCAGGAAGUCAGACCUGGAGGCCCCUUAAUAAACCUGACUCGUGAAAUGCUCACAAAUGCACCAGUGCUGGAUAGCGCCGUGGAGGAGACUCUCCGACUCACAGCUGCACCUCUCCUCAUCAGGGCUGUGCUCCAGGACAUGACUCUCAAGAUGGCAGAUGGGCGCAAAUUCUUCAUCCGCAAGGGCGACAGAAUGGCAAUCUUUCCUUACAACGCUGUUCAUCUUGACCCAGAGAUCCACCCCGACCCUCAUUUGUUCAAAUACGACCGCUUUCUGAACCCGGACGGCAGCAAGAAAACAACGUUUUACAAAGCAGGGAAGAAGGUGAAGUACUACAACAUGCCCUGGGGUGCCGGAGUCUCCAUGUGUCCUGGGAGAUUUUUUGCCACGAAUGAGCUGAAACAGUUUGUUUUCCUCAUGUUGGUCUAUUUCGAGUUUGAGCUGCUGAAUCCAGAUGAAAAGAUCCCUGAAAUCGACACGAGGCGGUGGGGCUUUGGAUCGAUGCAGCCCGUCAGAGAUGUCCAGUUUCGAUACAGACUCAGAUAUUAAACAGCUCAGAAAAUAAAAACCAAACAAGAUAGUCUCAGCAAACUUUGAUUUCUUUCUUUAAAUUUGCAUGAACAUAUUGUCAUACACGUGUUAGAACGACCACAUUAUUGAUGUAAAACGUUGUUUUAAAAGACCUGAACCUGUUUCGCUCUUAUAUUCAAUGAAAUGGCUUUUAUCAACUUGUGAAACAUAAGAAAAUGUUAGCUUUUUGGGAUUGUUUCUGGUCUUCUAUUAACUUUCCUCAUUGCUCUCAGUGACUAAUCUACACUUUGAUUUGAAUUCCUCUUGUGACUUGUGGACGAGGACUGUUAUUGCGCCAACCAAUCUCGCCAUCAUUGAUGAUGAUGAACAGGAGGAAGAUGACAAUGAGUCAGAUCCUCAAAAAUGAAAUAUAAUAAUAAUCUAUAUUUGAUCAGAAAUAGUAUCUACUGUUCAAUAACUUUUCAAAGAUAUUCCACAGUAAUCUGUUUUUAUUAAAAUAUAUUAUAAUGUUUAAUAAUUGAGAAAUAUAUUCUAUGUUUUUGAAGUGAUAAAAUGUUCUAAAAUUAGCCAGAUUAUUUUAUAGUGUCUUAUAAAUAUCUGUAUCAUUCAAUAAUAAUGUUUACUUAACUUGUUCGUGUGUUUUUAUUUUGGGAUUUCUUAACAGGGCCGAUGUCCAUAUUUGAUCAUUUCAUUUUCUCUGAUUUUCUGCAUGAAAAUAAACAUUUUUGACAAUUGUAA